AAAUUAUUCUGUGGAGUGGCUGACAUGAUAAUCAUGACAUUAAAAUAAUAGGUUUGUUGAUUCUAUAAUCUACAACAAAGAACGAAAACUGAAAGAAUUCGAAAUGACUCUAGAAACAAUCCCAAAAGAUCUUCGAGGCCUUAGGGCUUGCCUUUCCUGCUCUUUAAUUAAGUCCUUCGACCAAUUUGAAUAUGAGGGAUGUGAUAAUUGCGAUGAAUUUCUUAGAAUGAAAAAUAACAGAGAUAAUGUUUACGAAUGUACCAGCACUAAUUUUGACGGGAUGAUCGCAGCAAUGAGUCCAGAGGACAGUUGGGUUUGUAAAUGGCAAAGAAUAAAUCGUUUUUGUAAAGGAGUAUAUGCAAUCUCUGUAUCGGGUAGACUUCCAGGAGGUAUAAUAAGAGAAAUGAAAAGUAGAGGGGUAGUCUAUGUACCUAGAGAUAGAAGUCAACGAUAAGAGAAUUAUCAAUUACUAUUCAAUUUUUAUGUUUAAUUUAAAGGAGAAUAAAUUGACUGACUUAUAAAAUCUU